UUGAGCUGUCGCGGGAAGCCGCCGAGGACUUCGGGACGGGUGGAGGCGAGCCGCAUGGAGAAACGCGGGCGAGGCGCGAAGCUGUCCCCGAGCUCGGCACCGCAGCUGCAGCCGACACCGCCGCCGCCUCGGAGGGAGAGGAAGCCCAGCAUGUUCGAGAGGGAGGCAUACACACAGAUUUUGAAAGAAAGACUGAGAGACUCGAUUCAUGAUGUUCAGUAUGUAGAGCCUCCAUUCGAUGAUUCAGUUGUUGACUUGGGUAAAGAGUGGAAGAGUGCCCUGGCAAAAUUAAAGUUCGCUAAUUCAUAUAGAAUGGAGCCACUGAAAAAAUUCCAAGCUCAUUCAGUAGAAACUAAAGUCCAGCAGAUACUAACAGAAAAUCUUAAAGAUGUCAAAUACGAUGAUAAAGUCUUCUCUCGCUUGUCACUUGACUUAGCAGACCGCAUCUUGUCAGCAGUGAAAGAAUUUGGGUACCACCGUUACAAGUUCAUUAUAAAAGUAUUAUUUAUCCAGAAGACUGGUCAGGCAAUACAUAUUGCCAGCAGAUGGAUCUGGGAUGUUGCAUGGGACAGCUGGGUUGCGGCAAAACACGAAACGGAAACGUACGUCGCCUUGGCCCUGGUGUUUGCUCUCUUCUGUGAAUAGCUUGUCACAGAGGAGAAUUUCAUUUUCCUGGCAUUUGAUCAGGGACACAGGUGGUUGCUGUCUUUCCCCUCUCCCCCAGACUUUGACAUUUGUUUAACUUGAUACAAUCUGGUCAUGUUCCUGUCUAUGACUAGAUGG